AUGGCACAUAACCACCCGGCAGCGGUCACAGUUGCUACAGAUCGAGCGCCUUUGCUUGUGGCGCGCAAUUUGCUGCCCUCCGACGCCAGUGUCAGCAACAGCAGCAUUAAAGCUGAAGCUAGUACUACAAGUGUCAAAAGCUCGUCGUUGUCAUCAUCAGUUGCUGCAAUUGACGCUCAAUCUAGAAGACAACGGGAUCGAAAGUGCACAGGAGAUUCCACUGUCACGUCAACGUCUUCAUCGACCACCUCGCUGUCAUUAGACAUUUCAUCCGCUGCUGUACCUAAUACCUUUAGACGUGCUCGUCACCAUACAUCCCAUAAUCAGCCAGUAAAUGAUUCAAAGAACGACAGACGGUCUCCGUCUUAUCAAGCCAGUCAUAGUCGUCACCGACGUCAACCAUCAAGAGAUGCCCAUGCUGGCGAUGGUCAGGUAUCUAGUGAUUCUGGUCUUAACUUAUUAGUGUCACCGCUUCCUGCAUCUGAGCACGAUUCGUGCUCAUCAUCAGGUGGACAAGCUAGUGAUAAGGAGGAAAAUACGGUUACAGAACAGCAGAGACAAGAACCUGUAACUAUUAAACCCUCGAGAAUGGUCGUGAAGCGACGAGCUACAGCACCUGCAAGCAGCAGUGCAGCACGUCGGACAUCGGUGGGACUCGCAACGAUACCUUUGUCUCCUAAUCAACAAUUUUGUCGAAGUGUGGAUAAGGCUAGUGCUACAAGUAGCCCAAGAUGGAAAUCGAGUAGUCCACUUACCCAUGGCUUGUCUGCGAGUAUACAACGAUCUACAAGCACCUUGGAAAAAUGGCAGCAUCGAUUGCAGAGGUCGAUUUCUGGAGGCACAGAUGAUGAACGAGCUAGAAGAGAGCCAUCGUCAUCAAGACGAUUGUAUAGUAACUGUUGCAGUCACCAGCUUUUAGAGAGUCCUCCACCACCGGAUGAGAUCGUGGCUACUAGACGGACACGCGGAAAUGACAAAACGUCAAUAAAAGUGAAAAUACGAACACGAAGCUCAUCACGGGGCUCAAAACAACCAGUGUCACCACGAACAAUAGGAGGAUUACCACCACCGUCACCUCCACCACCUCUAUCACUGUCUUCAGACGAACAGAUGGGUCCAACUACUCCGCGUGCACUGGCUCGUAAAAUUCCUCAUCGUGACAAAAAUUCCUCAGACGAGAAAAUAUCCAAGCCUCGUCCUGUGCGUAUCCGCUAUGAAAGCUCGGCCCGCGGCAUGGGCGGAAAACGAGAGAUCUCGCAUGCAUCACUCGGUAAACUCAUUGCACAUCUCACGGAUGCUCAUCAAUUUGAUACCGAAUUUCGAGAUGUGUUCCUUUUAACAUAUCGCUCGUUCUGUUCCCCUUAUGAUUUUAUCAAAAAGUUGCUAAAACGCUACACCGCUGUUUUGUCACUUUGUGGAAAUAUUGAUGCCGAACGUCUUGAAGAAAUACAGCGACUGCUUGAUCAGAUAACUCUUGAAGAGGAAAACGAGCAACGGUCAUCCAACGUGACGUCCGUCUCGACUGCCAAGUCCGAUAUUAAUACGGGUAUGGAAGCUAAUGUCUCGAUAAUGCGACUCCUAAGUGUUCUUAAAUUUUGGAUCAAAGAAAGCACAUUUAUUGAGCAGGAUCUUGCUAAUGAUCGCAAGGCACAAAAGAAACUUAUAGCAUUGUUAAAAGAGAUUGAGAAAUCGUCACCGAUUCCUUCCGUUCGCCGACACGCGGAAACUUUGCUGCUGACUGUUGCACAGGUAUUGUCAACUUUAAAACAGCAAGCACAACAAGCCCAAAUUACCCAAGCGCAUACUCAAGCGCAAGCAAAGGCUCAGUCGCAGAGAGGCCCAGCUAAAGUAUCUACACCUCUGAUGUUGGUGACUUCUUCUUCGGUUUCGUCGAUACCAGAUCGAGCAGGUUCAAGGCCAGCAGUUGACGACCCUUUGAGCGCUGCAGCAUCAGUUAUCGAACGCCAUAAUGACCAUGGAGAAGUAUCUUCCCGAAUUUGUACAAAGUUAGCGUUGCCACGGUCGUCUUCAGACCCGAAGCGUGAGCGGUCGAUGGUAAAACUUCGCUCCAAGAACCCUCAUGUAGACAUUAUUCAGAUUCGAAGUCGGUCAGUUCCCAAUGGUAUAGACGACUCAGCUGUGGCAGCAGCAGCUUCACGAGAUCGGGCAGUCCGCUCUGGCGCUGUGCCUAUCGCCGCAGCUGUGGCUCCCAAGAUUGCGCGAGGUAUCACGACUGGAAGUGCUGAGGCUGUUAAUAGAGCCACUGGCAAUACUGAAGCUGUGAAUAAAACGAAUGGCAGCAGUGAAACUAUGAACAGAGCGAAUGGCAGUGGCAACAUUGCCAAUGGCUUUGAUGAGCUUAUCAAGGAUACACUGCAACGUGCUCGACUAACCGCAACAUCUCGCAAAAGUGCUCGGAUCAGUUAUGGCAAUGUCGAGCCUUUAACCGGAUUGACUGCUCAAGAGCUGGCUGAUCAGCUGACGCUCAUCGAGGCAGAGCAGUACUUCGCCAAGCUGAACCCUCGUGAACUUACAAACAAAGCGUGGACACGUGAAAACAAACACCGCGAUGCCCCACAUGUCAUGGCUUUGAUCGAAUUAUUUGACGCUAUAGCUGAAUGGGUGUCGAGCGAGAUUCUGCACCCGCAAUUACAAGCUGUGGAACGUGCUAAGAUGAUCACACUGUUCAUUGAUACCGCCGACCAUUGCUACCAAAUGAAUAACUUUAAUUCCCUUUUUGAGAUCUCCACAGGACUCUCAGCUCCUUGCAUUCGGCAGCUAAACACAACGUGGAGUUUGGUGAGUGCAGCUGCAUCGGAGAAGUAUCAGUGUCUCCAGCAAUUAUGCUCACCUGAUGAGAACUACCGCAGCUAUCGUCAAGCGUUUGGAUUGGCUGAAGGACAGCCGCGCCUUGCGUGCUGGUUUAUUCUAGUCAAGGAUCUGUUUACGUAUGAGGAAGCGAUGAAAUCGGUGGAAGACGGACUUGUUAAUUGGCAUAAAUUUCGCAAAAUCUACCGAGUGAUCAGUGAUGCGAUUGAUGUACAGAAUUUCAACUAUGUGCCACCCAACACUGGGGCAAAUGGCAGUGGCAAUGGGAUGAGUGGUGUUUCGAGAAAAGGACGUGGCAUUUUGCGGCACGACAAAAAAAAUCAAAUCCAUAUUCGACAUCGAAUUGACACUAUCAGAAAAGACAGCUCGGUUCUGUAUCAACUGGCACGUAACGCUAAUACGCAAGAAAGUAUCUUGUUUGUCAACAGUUUAUCCGAGGCGGGUUUUCUGUGA